AUGACUAAAGACAUGGAGCACCACCUGGACUUGGAGCAACACCAGGACAUAGACAGCAUCUUGCCCACUGCUGACAAAGUGAUGGAAAAACCCUCUUUUGCACCAGCGGACAUCCGUCGCUACUUUGCCACAAGAUUCUCAGAGUUGAUUCCAACGAAAGAGUACAUGAAUGCAAACAGAGACCUCUUGAACCCAUUGCCUGGUUUGAAGGAAAUCACCUGGAAACAAUGGAAGUUCAUUCUCUGUGCGUUCAUGGGAUGGACUUGGGACGCAUUUGACUUUUUCACCAUCUCUCUUAACGUUCAUGUUUUAUCUGAGCAGUUGCACAAAUCCACAACUGACAUCACUUGGGCAAUCACUUUGGUUCUUAUGUUGAGAUCUGUUGGUGCGUUUUUGUUUGGUUACUUGGGUGACCGGUACGGUACCAAGUGGCCCUUUGUCGUUAACUUGGCAUUGAUGAUGUGUGUUCAAAUUGGAUGUUCCUUCAUCUCCACCUUUAAGCAGUUUUUGGGUGUCAGAGCAAUUUUUGGUGUCAUCAUGGGAGGUAUCUACGGUAACGCUGCUGCUCUUGCCUUAGACGAUUGUCCUCCACGUGCAAAAGGUUUUAUUUCUGGUUUCCUUCAACAGGGUUACGCCUUUGGUUAUUUAUUGGCUGUUAUUUUCACUAGAGCUUUGGCUGACACUCAACGCCAUAAGUGGAAAGCCAUGUACUGGUUUGCUGCUUGUGUUUCCUUUUUAAUCACUGUUGCUAGAGCCUUGUUGCCUGAGACUAAUGCUUUCAAGCAAAAGAAAUUGAAGAUUAUUUUGGAGAGAGAAUCUGGCAUCGUCCCAGACAGUUUCUGGAAGAAGGCUGGAAAAGCUCUCAAGAUUUACUGGCUUAUGAUGAUUUACAUGAUCUGCUUGAUGGCAGGUUUCAACUUUAUGUCGCAUGGCUCCCAGGAUUUGUAUCCUACUUUCUUGACCCAACAAUUGGAGUUUUCAAGCGACAAAUCUACAGUUACAAACUGUGUUGCCAACAUUGGUGCCAUUAUUGGAGGUCUUAUCGUGGGUCACUUUUCCAACUUCGUGGGAAGAAGAUUGUCUAUCAUCAUCUGUUGUAUCGGUGGCGGUGCAAUGAUUUACCCUUGGGCUUUCGUGAGAAACACUGGUAUCAAUGCUGCCGUGUUUUUCUUGCAAUUUUUCGUUCAAGGUGCCUUUGGUGUUAUUCCAGCUCACUUGUCGGAGUUAGCUCACCCUGAAUUCAAAUCUUUCAUCGUUGGUAUGGCUUAUCAAUUGGGUAAUUUGGCAUCUUCUGCUUCCUCCACAAUCGAAUCCCAAUUAGGUAAGCACUUCUUGAUCAAGAAUAAGCACGGUGAAAUUAUUCACGAUGAUGGAAAAGUGAUGGCCAUUUUCGUUGGUGCUGUUUUUGCUUACAACUUGGUCGUGACAUUCUUAGGCCCAGAGAACAGAAACAUUCACCUGGAAAUCGACAACAAGGAGAACUACAAUAAGUUUGUCGGAGACUUAAAGGCAAACUCAGAGGUAAAAGAGAAUGUCAGCGCUUCUGAAGGCGAAACGCGGUAG